CAUAGCAAGAAGGAAGAACACUGAUCAACAGGAAGGUAAUUAAACAUGGUGGAUUCGGUUGUGGACGGGGACGUCACUGAUUCUGAUUUCUUGAGUAAGGCAAACGAAAACGAGUCAUCCUCCUCCGACUCCGAUAUCGAUAGAUAUGCCUCCCUGCGUUGUGCCACUAAGAAGCGAUUAUUUGGCCGCGACAUGCCUCUUUACGUCGUCCUCGGCGGCGGACAACCGGCUGACAUAAUGCUGUGGCGAAACAAGCAGAUCUCCCUAGGGAUAUUCGCUGGUGCAACAGUUAUAUGGCUUCUUUUUGAAUGGAUAGAAUAUCACCUGCUUACCUUUCUUUGCCAUUUCCUGAUUCUCUCACUAGCAGCACUGUUUCUAUGGUCCAGUUUGGUAUCUUUCUUGAAUAUGGCUCCGCCUGAACUCCCUAAGGUUCUUCUUCCAGAGCAAGUCUUCGUGACUGUUGCUCUUGUGGCAAGGAAUGAAUUCAACCGUGCAUCAAGAACCUUUCAGGACGUAGCUUCUGGGAAGGAUCUAAAGAAAUGUCUCUCGAUGGUCGCUGCUUUGUGGAUUGUCUCUGUUAUUGGAAGCUGGUUCAGUCUUUUGACCCUUCUUUAUUUAGCAUUCGUGAUGCUGCUGACAGUGCCGGUACUGUAUGAGAAGCAUGAAGAUACAGUGGAUGCUUAUGCACGGAAGGGUUUGGUAGAACUUAAGAAGCAGUAUGCAAUUCUGGAUGAAAAGCUUCUCCGGAAAAUCCCAAUCCCAAACUCUCUUCUCCACAAGAAGCAGCAGUAAAGUAAACAUAAAGCCAAAUUUGGUACAGCUUUAGAUUUGAGUAUUGCUAUGUCUAUCUAUGUUUCCUACUGCUACUAUUAAUUAUUAAACUGCUCCUGUUCUC